AUGACCUUCUGCUUCAACUCUCGUUUUAGUUGGAGCGCUGAAGAGCUCAAUGAUCUCACGAAGGACACAUGCCUUUCUCAUAUAAGAUCGGCGGCUGAGGAAAUCAGCCGAUAUCUUGCGAGUACUUGGAUCCACAUCACCUCACGCCUUAGAUUCUGGUCGGCUCCAAUCUUCCUGCGUCUCAACUGCUAUGAAGGGCUGAAGAGUUGGAUAUCAGGACAUGGCUUCUGGUUUUCUUAUGGACACGAGGCCCAAUGCCUUGUAUCCACGUUCUCAGAGCAUGCGGAGAUGAACCUCUCGGUGGAAAUCUGCAAGCCAUCACCGGAAUCCAGCAGGUCCAAGGAUCUCCAUCAAUAUGCUAUGGACCACCGCACCGGCGUUGCGCUCCAUGCUCUACGCAUCAGGCAAGGUUUCAGAGUUGUGGCUCGAGGUGAACUCACAUGCAAAGAAACGUCAGUGACGGACCCUGCUUCCACGACACGAAUCAAGUCCGAGCAGCCAAAUUUCGGACGCGUUCCUGUGCCGUCAAGCAAGCGGGAAGAGCAGCUACGACACCGAGGCGAGAUCCCAGCGGCAGACGCUGACAAACCAGGUCUUGAUGGAGAUGUACACUUUUUCACGACCAGACAUCAUUUCAUCAAUCUUCGCUUCAUAGCAGAGGAGCACAAGGACACAUUGAUCAUGGAAAGAAGGAAGCACGAAGAAUAA